AUGUCAAGCCGUAGCAAGCCUCAGAGUUCUACUCAGGACAGGAAGCUCGUUAUGGUUAUGGGUCCCACCGGAUCGGGGAAGACAACAUUUAUUAACCUCGUUAGCGGAUCGAUGCUACGCGUCGGUUCAACCUUGGAGUCGUGUACUAAAGAGAUACAACUGGCGAACUUGGAUCUGGGUUGCCAGCCAGUAACCUUGAUCGAUACUCCUGGAUUCGACGAUACGGUAAGACCGCAAGCCGAAGUACUAAAGGAAAUAGCGAAAUUCCUCGAAAUUACAUACAAUCGAAAACUGACCGGGGUUAUCUACAUGCAUCGUAUCUCCGACAACCGCAUGAGUGGUUCCGCGAUUGAAAACGUUUCCUUGUUCCGCAAGAUUUGUGGCGAGAGACCGAUGAAGAAUGCGGUUAUUAUGACCAACAUGUGGUCAAAAGUGGACGAGAAUACUGGCAUCGAUCGGGAGAUCGAACUUAGAAGGAAGUACUUCAAGUCAGCACUUGAACGUGGGGCAACCAUGAUCCGAAACGAUGACACUGUUAAAUGCGCGAGAGCGAUAUUAGGCUUUUUGAUGCUCAAUCAACCAGAAGAACUACACCUUCAAUAUCAGCAGGUCAUAGAGCAUAAACCCGUACAAGAAACGGAUGCAGGCUUGGAGUUCUUGAGAAGACUGCAGGAACUAAUGGAUGAUGCAUUGCGCAGAAGCCAGACGGAACGCGCUAAAGAAAAUCCAGACAACGAGGAGAUCACUAGGCUACAAGAAACAGUCGAUAUGCUUAGACGGGAAGAGUCAAAUAUUCAAAAGGAGAUUGCAAGCGAGCUGUCGGCGAGGAUCCAGGAGUUGAGUCAACAAGUUCUUGAUUUUAUCGAUAAUUCGGGGAGAGUCCAUUCGGGACCAUCAGAUUCUAAUUCUCAGCAGUCAUCGGAUGCCCAUCUCCAGCAGCCCCCUCCGUCACCUCGCUCGUCGUUUCCUACCCCUCCUCGGUCCGGUUCUUCCACCAGCUCAGAAGCCGAUCCUCCUUCAGCACAGCAAUUGCACCCGGAACCCGUUCUCGACUCUCCUUCUGUACCUCAUUCGGAUCCUUCUUCAGAACCCGCUCUUUCGUCAACGCCAUUUCCACCUCCUUCCUCAGAUUCUCCACAUCCUCCCCCUUCAUCUUCGCUUCCGACGCCAUCAGCAGAUAACAAUGAUAUUCCUCACCCUGACAGUCCAGUUUCUGUUCGAUCAUAUCACUUUCUCAUUCAACAACAGCCCGACUCUUCUUCCAAGCCUCAUUCGGAUCCUUCUUCAGAACCCGCUCUUUCGUCGAAGCCAUUUCCAACUCCUUCCUCAAAUUCUCCACAUCCUUCCCCUUCAUCUCCGCUUCCCACAUCAGCAGCAGAUAAAAGUCUUCCUCCUGUAUCGUCGCCGCCGCCCCCUACUUCCGCGGCCGCUUCAUCCAGCCCCCAUUCAUCACGAUCAGAUACUCCUGAAGGAACAUCUGGCAAUAUGGGUAAUGCAGGAGGAUUCGUGGUGGAUGGCGAUGUGGGAGGAUGCUCUACAACCGAACGAGUAGAUUGUAAAGGGCCCGGGUCCAGAAUGGGCGGCGGAGGCAAAGGGGGGAGAACAAGGAAGAUUCCGUCAGGAACAAUUGACAAUGUCGACGUGGAUUCUGGUGCAGCCUCAUCAGCGCAUUCGACCCCUCCUGCUGCGGGUAACUCGAAUAAGAAAAAAUGUUGGUGCCGCCGCUGGUGCUGCAUUCAAUGA